GGUCGCGCGUAUCCCUCCUCCUACUCCUCCGCUGCCGCAGCUCUAAUAAAGACCCGGUGCUGGGAAAGAGCAACGAAAUCCGCCAACCGGAUACACCGACAAAGACAUUGGCUCCGCCCUCCUCUGCCGCCUUCCCCCUGCUUCCGGGCUGUUUCUCCCCUGUGUGUGCCGGGAGGGGGGGGCCUGCUGCUGCUGCGGCCUGAGCGCUACGGAUCGGGGACAUCCCGGCUCGACUGGACUAUUUUAUCUCCGGGCAAAAGGAAAAAAUGGCGACUGAAUUGUGAGCUGAGCGACUGGGAGACCCAGGAAGAGAGCGGCGAGGGAGAGAGGAGAUCGGGAAGCAGCGGGGCCGGGGCAUGGAGUAAGGAAGGCCGGGGAGGCCAUAGCUGCACCCUGGGGUCCAUUGCUCCCCCGCUGCCCCUAAACUCCCGGGCGUAGUAUCGGGUGACGGGGUGAGAUGCUGCCCCGGCCACUGUAGAGGUUGCCCUAAAAGGGAUAGUCAGUUUUUGGCCAGGGAUGGAUGAUCAGAAACCAUCCAGCGAGGACAAAGAAUCUGAAGCGUCAGCUGAUGAAAAUGCCUCCGAUGUGGCCUGUGAAGCGGAAGCAGAUGAGCUCAGCAAUCCAUCACCAACUGCAUGUUUUGUAUGGGAUGGCACUGUCCCAGAGGGGCCGUACAGCAGGCGCUGUGCUCUCUGCAACUGUGGGGAAAGGAAUGAACAUGGACAGCGGGAGCUGCUGCGGUUUAGUCCUUCUCCAGGCCGCCCACAACUGGAUCCUGCACUCUGUAGGGUACAAGACAUAGGCACAGAGUACCUGGAUCCUUCUAUUAUUGGGUUUGCCGAGCCUGUGUUACCAGAAAAGCUCUUUGAACCUUCAGGACACUGCUGGGUUCACUACUGGUGUGCGUCUUGGUCAUAUGGAGUCCAGCAUGUGGAAGGAACUGGACUGACUAAUGUGGAUAUAGCUGUAUUCUCAGGGAUAUCACAGAAAUGUGAAUACUGUAAACGGAUGGGUGCUACCAUUCGGUGCCACUCGACAGGGUGUCUACAUCGAUAUCAUUUUCCAUGCGCUGCUGCAAGUGGAUCCUUCCAGUCAAUGAAGACCUUAAAAAUGCUGUGCACAGAACAUGUGGCGGAGGCAGCUGCAAUGGAUGACUCGUGUUGCGUGCGAUGUGACAAGCCUGGUGACCCCACCGAUCUCCUGUUCUGCACCAAUUGUGGACUGCACUAUCAUGGUUCUUGUCUGGAGAUUACUGUCACACCAUUGAAGCGCUCUGGCUGGCAGUGUCCUGAGUGUAAAGUGUGCCAAAGCUGCAGAAAACCUGGCAAGGAUUCGGCGGUGUUGGUGUGCGAUGCUUGUGACAAAGUAUAUCACACUUCCUGUCUGAAGCCAGCCAUUGAGGAUCUGCCUGCAGGCUCCUGGAAAUGCAAGAAUUGCCGAGUCUGUCGAAUCUGUGGUUCUCGCACAGCACAGUCGGAUCCUGGGAGUCCCUGGUAUGAAAACUUCUCUGUGUGCAAGAAAUGCCAAGAGCAGCGAUGCCUCGCAGAGAGCUGUGUUCAGUGUCAUCAGCCUGGUUCUCUGGAGAACAUGAACCAGUGCCCCAAUUGCUCGAAGUUCCAUCACUUACAUUGUGUACAAAAGUGUGAUCCUCUAGCAUGCAGCACGAGCUGUCCGUCAUGUAGCAAACAGCAGGCUGCCUUACAGAAGAAAGACGAGGAGGACAAGAGCGUUGAGAUCCCAGAUACAGCCCUCUCAGAAUGUGAAGCCAAACCACUAGAAGUUUUAACAGCAGAUGAAGAUGGGCUCGGUGCCUCGGACAAUGAAGCUGCUGAGGCUCCAGAGAUUCUUCCUAACACACCUCUGCUGCCAAUUGAGACCAGAAGUCCUCCUCCUUUGGAAGCAGAACCAUCACAUCAGGAGAGGACAUUUGACCCCUGUGCAUCACUUGAUGAGGCUCCUGUACUUGUCACAGUGGAAGAUGAAGAUAUGGAAGUUGAGGAGGAAGGUACAGGGAACAUCCAGGAAGGGAAACAAAUUGUAUCUUCACUUUCACAAAGUCCUCCUCACCAGAACUCAUCAUUAAUACCUUCAACUCCUGAUAGGACUCAGGCCUCCAUAGAUGAGGACACACAACCUAUGGACUCUCUGAGCAUAGAGGAUGGCUCCUGUCAGAGUCCUGCUAGGACAAGAGAGGACCUUCCAAAUAGUUAUUUUCAGCAGCCGUCUGUGUUAGACUCUGAAAUGAAUGUGGACUCUGAUGAGCCUCCCUGUAAGUCUACAACGGGAGUAUUAAGCAACGACAAAGCAAUAGGUCAAGAAGUCACAGGGGAGUUCUCAAUGGACAAGGUUCGAAUGCCCAUUAGAUGCACUAUUGUCAAGUCGGACAUUGUCAAUGAGAUCUCCAAUCUGAGCCAGGGUGAUACAACUGGUAGCUUUCAUGGCUCUGAUGCUUUAUGUUCACCUGACCCCGAGGGCGGGUCCCUCUGUAUGGACAUGUGCUUGCACAAGGAGGAUGGGUCUUUGAGGCUGUGCACAGACACUGAUGACUCUCUGUUAUAUGACCCUUCUAUUGGAAAAUCAGAAGGGGAAAAGUCAAGACGGAAAUGCUCUCCUGGUCGAUCAAGAGUCAAACAUGGUCGAAGCAGCAGCUUUCCUGGAAGAAGGCGACCCCGAGGAGGUAGUGGGGCUGGUAGCAGAGGUAGAGGCCGAUCGAGAUUAAAGUCUACAACCUCUUCCAUUGAGACUUUACCGAUGCUAGAUAUUGAAGGCUCUCCAGGAAAAGAGGAGGAGGAAGAGGAGGAUGAUACCAUGCAAAACACAGUGGUGCUCUUUUCCAACACAGACAAAUUUGUGCUCAUGCAGGAUAUGUGUGUUGUUUGUGGCAGCUUUGGACGGGGUUCAGAGGGGCAUCUUCUGGCAUGUUCCCAGUGUUCACAAUGCUAUCACCCCUACUGUGUAAACAGCAAGAUUACAAAGGUGAUGCUACUGAAGGGCUGGCGGUGUGUGGAGUGCAUAGUCUGUGAAGUGUGUGGUAAGGCCACAGACCCUUCCCGCUUGCUGCUCUGUGACGACUGUGACAUCAGUUACCACACCUACUGCCUCGACCCUCCUCUGCACACAGUGCCGAAGGGUGGUUGGAAAUGCAAAUGGUGUGUUUGCUGCAUGCAGUGUGGGUCGAUCAGUCCAGGAUUCCACUCGGAAUGGCAGAACAAUUAUACACAUUGUGCACCUUGCGCUAGUUUGGUUUGCUGCCCUGUUUGCCACCUAAACUAUAUGGAGGGUGAUCUUUUAAUACAGUGUCAAAACUGUGAGAGGUGGUUACAUGCGGUUUGUGAGAAUCUGUUUACUGAAGAGGAGGUAGAGUCGGCAGCAGAUGAAGGCUUUCACUGCACAACCUGUCAGCCAUUCAUUGUAAAACAAGUUGUUCCAAUAAUCCUUCCACCAAGUCCAGUUAAGGUGAAAGAACCAGAGCCUCAGUAUUUUCGCUUGGAAGGAGUUUGGUUGACUGAGGCCGGUAUGGCCUUGCUGCGGAGCCUCACAUUGUCACCUCUCCAAAAAAAGAAACCAAGGCGGUCCCGACUGAGUACUGGUGGAGAGAUUUUCUUGGAUGGUCCUGAGCAUGGUGCAUGCGAUGACAGGAAGGAAGGGGACACAGAGUGUGAAGAACACAAAGCAGAUGGUGUCAAUAAUGAACUCAUGGAGUGUGAAAUCAAGCUAGAACCCCCUGGCACCCCUGAGCGUGAAGCGGGAGGCGAGUCAGAGGCAGUAAAAGGGGCUGAAGAUGCAGACGAUGUAAAAAAGAAGAAAAGGAAACCUUACAGGCCAGGAAUUGGCGGCUUCAUGAUUAGACAGAGAAAAACGCACACGCGGUCUAAGAAGGGGCAUGCCGCAUUUUUGGAGGCCUUUCGUGAAAACCAGAACCAGGACGUUCACCCAGAUGAUGGUGUAAGACACGAACAUGACUCUUCACUAUUCACAGCCCCUCCAGAGACACCUGCAGAAGGUGGCACAGAGACUGGGACGACAGAGACAGAUGAGAAGAAGAAACGGAGAGGUAGAAAAAAGAGCAAACUUGAGGAUAUGUUCCCAGCAUACUUGCAGGAAGCGUUUUUUGGCAAGGAGUUGAUGGAGCUCAGCAAGCAAGCACUUCUUGCUGCUCGUCCUGUACCACAAAAGGUGAAAAGUGUGCAGAGUAUGUCAUGUCCAGCAUCCGGAGCUGCUCCAAUCCCACAGAUGCCUCAACAAAACAUAGCGGAGACUGCAGCUGCCCCUCCUGAAGAUUCUGACAGCAAUGAGACGAAGUUAGAAAAUUCAGAGGAUGCGUCAGAGACCGAGGCCAUGAGUGUUGCUGCUUCUCGCACUGGAGAGAGAAUUCUGAUGAUGCCAGAGGGAGCCCUCGGCUCGGAUCUGGAUAAGAUCUCCACGGAGGAGAUACCCAAGAUGGCGAGUACAGACAUUCAGCAGCUGUUAAAGGAUGUGCUUGGCACCCCUGAGUGUGAGCAGUCUGUUAAUAGACCAGCUGGUAGAGUUGAAGGGCACAUGUCAACGGGAUCAGUAACCCAGGGUCCAAGACCCUUUAUACCAGGCAUACCAGGAGUGACCCUUUCUUCUAAUGUUCAACUGGAUCCGUUUUCUCCGUCUGGCUUCCUGGACUCCAGGGACAGAGGUGGUCUGUUCAGUCCUGAGCACUGUGACACUGAUGGCUCUUUGACUACAGCCUCCACCCCCACAACACCUACCACAGAGGGAGAAAGUGAUAGCCUUUCCUACAACCAGCGUAGCUUGCAACGCUGGGAAAAAGAUGAAGAGUUGGGGGAGCUUUCUACCAUAUCUCCUGUCCUUUAUGCAAAUAAAAAUUUUCCCAACCUUAAAAAGGAUUACCCGGACUGGUCAAGUCGAUGUAAGCAGAUCAUGAAACUGUGGAGGAAGGUACCAGCCCAAGACAAAGCUCCUUAUUUGCAAAAGGCCAAAGACAAUCGUGCAGCACAUCGCAUUAACAAGGUACAGAAACAGGCAGAAAGUCAGAUUAACAAGCAGAUCAAAGUGGAAAAAACAGAGCGUCCAGUUCUCCAGCUUCAGAUCCCCAUGCAUCCUGGUUCACAGUCAGGAGCAAGCCAUGACUACCGAGGUGCAACUUUGGCGGGACAGAAUGUCUACAUGUCUAGUGGCUCUGCAAUGUCUACCUCCUCAGACUUGUUUCUGAAACCUUCUUCAGCAGGCACUCCUGGAGCAGAGUCAUCUGCUGAAAUUUUCUUCAAAUUGCCUCCUCAGUCUCCAUCUCAUGAGCACUUUCCCAGUUCGCCUGCAUAUUCCUUGGACUCCCGUUAUCCGUCUUCCUUGACACAGUCACCAGUUUCUGCUGGGGGAUUUCAGACUCUUUCUGGGGCAGAGCACCAAUCUGCACUGAAUGCACAGAAUUCUGCCCCGUGUGUGGAAUAUCAGCCUUCCCGUGCAUCCACUCCUCAUCCAUCAGAGCCAUUUGUCAAGCCUCGGUAUCCGACCGGAUCUCUUGAUAACCUUUCAUUAAUAGGGAGCCCUGGCUCAAGGCCUUUUCAGCCAAAUGAGUCCUCCAUCAAACCUGAAACCAUGCUGUCCCCUACACGUUACAGUGAUCCUAAGAGACAGACUGAUGGAGUUCUCCUUCACAUAAAAAAGGAGGACAUUGGACUUGGAUCUCCUGGCUUUCCACACAGCACUGGUUCUGAUGGAUCAUCAGAGAUGAAAUGUGAUGUGUUCAAAGCUCCCUUAACCCCUAGAAUGUCGCAGUUAGAGCCUCACAGUCCUGCUCCAUCACAUAGAGAAACUCAUAUGCAAGCACAAAUGACAUCACCUCAACAUCAUUCAGAAAUGUACAGACAGACUUCAGCAGCUUCAUACAGUGACCCGUAUUCACAGCCUCCAUUAACUCCUCGACCUCAGUCUUUAGAAGGUAGCUUGUCUAGUCGACCUCUGCCUUCUGACCCUUUUACUCGUGUCCCAACAAGCCCACAGUCCCAGGGAAGUUCCCAUUCCCCUCUGACUCCUAGACCCUUGUCAACUGAAGCAUUUUGUCCCUCACCAGUUACGCCACGCUUUCAGUCUCCAGACCCAUAUUCCCGUCCACCUUCUCGGCCCCAGUCACGAGAUCCAUUUGCUCCACCUCUUAAACCACCCCGUCCUCAGAUGAUGGAAACUGGUUUUAAGCCAACUGCACAACUUUCUCACUCAACUCCCGGUAAUACAAACUACCAACAAUCUCUGGAUGUUCACCAAAAAGCUCAAGUAAGCCAACAGCAAAGUUUAUUUGCUCGUUCUCCAGGGGCAAAUGUCUAUCAAAGUUCCCAGAACCAAAUGUGUUUCACUUUUCCUCAUUCCCCUGGAGAUAGUGUCAAAAGCUCUCCCUCCCACCAGCCGCAUGCAACUCCCACCCAUUCAUUGAACAGCCAUUUUACCCCAAACAAGCCACAAAACUAUACUUCUCCAAACAGUACCCCUUCCACCUUCCACCCUGCAGGCAGCCCACACUCCUCUGGAAACAGUAGCACUUCAGAAGCUUUUGUUCAGUCCCCACUACGACCUCCUUCAGUUUUACCCCAAGAACCAUCCUAUCAGUCCCCAGCUACAAACCAGCGUGCAGGUCUCAAUUCUCCAGCAGAAAAACCCAGAGAUGAUAUUGCUGCUAUUCCAAAUGCUCUUGGCAGUACUGGUAGAGAUGUACCAGAACUGCAAGGAACGACUGAUGCUCCCCUAAGUAACCUAAGCCAGACGGAGCAAGAGAAACAAAGACAGCGUCAAAGACUAAGAGAACUCCUCAUUAGACAGCAGAUCCAGAGAAAUACCUUAAGACAGGAAAAGGAGGCAGCUGCAGCAGCUAUGAAUACAUCGCAGACUGCGUGGAGUGGCGAACCAAGUGGACAAGGCUAUGAUCCUUCAGGUCGUUUAGUGAUGUAUCCUCCAACGCAGCAGGAAAAAGGUGGUCUUGGAGUGAUCAUCACUUCUCCGGGGUCUGUAAAAGUUCCUGGACAGGUAGUAGCUUCAACAUCAUUUCCACAAGAGGAACGUAUGAAUACACCAUUGCCUUCUGCAUCUCCUGUUUCCGUUGAUGGUUCUGCCAGACAUUCAGCUGAAGGAACUCAAGCACUAUUUUCAAGGGGACCUUAUCCUGAUCAACAGCAUGUAUGGCAAACACCUGGCACAGGACAAAGGACUUUGGCACCAAUUCGGUUUCCAGAAGGAAAUAGACCACCUUCAAGUCCAACAGUGAACAGUGGAGGUGUAGUUCGUCUGCCAUUUCCUGGGGAUCAGGUCACUGUUGGUGGAGCACCUUAUAUUGAGUUGCGCCAUCAUGGCCAAAAGCUGCCUAUUGGAGUUCCCUUUUCACCACCUGGCCCACAGAAUAGGCCUCGCUUCUAUGUGCCAGGUGAAGGUGCCAAUUCCAGUGUACUAACAGGGGUUAUGAGAGGAGAUGGAAAUCCAUUGCAAGUACCUGUAAUGAGGAGUCCUUUAAUGCAACCUCAAAAAGCAUUGCCUCCCACUCUUCCUAAUGUGGGCAAUGUAGGCGUCUCGCAGGCUAUUCAAACGAAAGUUGCAUCGACAACAGAAGUUACACAGCGGCAGGCUAAUGUUCCACCACAAACCAAUCCACCCACUGAUGGCUCUAAGGAAGGACUGGCUUCUGGCCUUGUAAGUGGGAGAGUCCAUUGUGAGGAUCCUUCGGAGCUAGAUGUCGAUUUUGAUACUCACAAAGACCUAGAAGAUGAUGAUCUGGCUAAUUUAAGCCUUGAUGUCGCUAAAGCUGAUGACGAUUUGGACAAUCUCGAUAAUCUUGAAACAAAUGAUCCUCAUUUAGAUGAUCUAUUAAAUGGAGAUGAGUUUGAUCUUCUUGCUUAUACUGACCCAGAGUUGGACACCGGUGACAAAAAGGACAUCUUCAAUGAACACUUGCGGUUAGUUGAGUCUGCAAAUGAGAAAGCUGAAGAGGAGGCAAUGCUUAAACUGGAACCAGAUACUGUAGAGUCAAAAAAGGAAAGCCUUCCGAAUGAGUCGCAAGCUAGUAAAGAAUUGGAAAUGACCAAAGAUAGACUACCAGGAGAUAUGGGACUGAAUCUGGGUUCACAUCUUUCUGGUGGUGGUAACGCUUCUCAGGUUCCUUCCAGUGAGGAAUCAAAGCAGUCUGCAUAUGCAGGGGAUUUAAAGCCAAAACUAGAAGACAGUGACCUGAAGACAAACACCUGUCAAUUUUCUGGCAGCAAUUCUAUCAAUGUUAAAAAUGAAAUGCCUCACAAUACUGGGAAAGCUACCCUUGGAUCAACCUUGUUAAAGCCGGGAGCUAACCUGCAUACAGUCAAUGCAAAUUCUGUCCAAACAAACAGCACGCCCCUCUUCCCUAAUAAAGAUUCCUCUUCUGCACCCAGUCAGAGUAGCCUGAUUUUGAGUAAGUUUGAGCUGGAUGAAGGAGCACUAGGUCUGCAGUGUUCACGCCACUCUCCUUCAGAUGAUCUAGAUAAGAUGGAGAGCUCUCUUGUGGCCAGUGAACUUCCUCUUCUUAUUGAAGACCUUCUUGAACAUGAAAAAAAGGAACAGCAGAAAAAGCAGCUACUGUCUGCCCAGCAUUCAGAAAGUGCACAACCUCACUCAGUGAUCAAUACUGCUAUGUCCAACCAGCCAGUACCUCACCUUCAACAGGAAAGUAAUCAAGCAAACCUUGUAGGACUUGGGAUUGUGCCAAGACAUCAGGGGUUAGGUUCUACCCAACAACUUCUAACUCCUCAACAGCAGAUGCAACAAAGACUUGUUGGUGUGCAAGCCAACACCACUCUAGAGUCUCCCAUGCAUGUUUCAGCAAACCAGAGUCAUUUACUUGGUGGUGGUCCGCACUUGUUACAAGCUGGUGGACCGCAACAACAGGCUCUGCCACCCAAGCCAAUCAUGGGGCAACAAAUGGUCAUGAAGCAGCAACCGAUGGUUAUGCAGCAACAGCAGCUGAGCAAUAACUUUUUCCCUGACACAGAUCUUGAUAAGUUUGCUCCAGAGGACAUUAUAGAUCCAAUUGCUAAGGCAAAAAUGGUUGCUCUGAAAGGAAUAAAAAAGGUGAUGGCACAAAGUAGCAUUGCCGUCACUCCAGGAAUUAACAGACAACAGGUGUCUAUUCUUGCUCAAAGACUUGGAGUUCCAGGAUCCACUGAUUCUACCACCCAAGGUCCUGGUCCUGGAACUGGAACUGCUCAAGAAAGACCUCCUAUUGACCCCACUCAGCCUCGACCCAAUCCUCCUGCGUUUGUCCAAGGAGUGAUCAAUGACGCAGACCACCGUCAAUACGAAGAGUGGCUUUUCCACACUCAGCAGCUCUUACAAAUGCAACUGAAAGUGUUAGAAGAGCAGAUUGGUGUGCACCGAAAGUCACGCAAAGCUUUGUGUGCGAAACAAAGAACGGCCAAGAAAGCUGGACGAGAAUUCCCAGAGGCAGAUGCGGAGAAGUUAAAACUGGUCACUGAACAGCAAAGCAAGAUACAGAAGCAGCUGGAUCAGGUUCGGAAGCAACAGAAGGAACAUACAAACCUAAUGACUGAGUAUAGGAACAAGCAGCAGCAGCAACAAAACUGUGGUGUCCUUCCUGUCAGCCCAAACCAAAACUCUAGGGUGUUGACCAAAGCUCCAGGUUCACUUGUCGGAGGACAUGGAAUACAACAGCCACACAACCAGCUUGUCACACAAGCUGCAAAUCUACAUGGACUGCAACCAGGUUUAUCCAUGCAAACACAGCAUGGUGCUGCUUAUGUCAAGUCAUUACCCCAGCAGCAUCAAGCUCAGGGAAAUAAUGCAGUCCUUCCUGGAACUUCUGGUGGUUUUUAUUCAACACCUCAGGCUCUGCAGGGUCUUACUCCUGAGCAGAGGAUGAUUCAAGAACGUCAACUUCAGCAACAGAGAUUGCAGCUGGCGCAGAAACAGCAGCAGCACCAGAAUUUUCCACUUUCCCCUCAAAGUAACUUAUCUCAAGCAAUGUUGGCCAAGCAGCAUGGUUUGAUUGGAAACUCACAUGGUUUGAUGGUACAACAACCUGCCUCCCAAGUUCCUCAGACGGUUAUGGGUCAUCCUCAGACAUCGGUUUUACAGCAUCACACAGCCCAACAACGACAUAUUUUAAUUGGUCAGCAACAGCAAAGAGUUUUGGGUCCUUCACCAAUGGCACAGCAAAAUGUUGUAGGACCUCACCUUGUUUUAUCACAACCUCAGCAAAAUUUGGUUGGAAUGACACAUCUCCAGCAGCAGCCGGUGUUAACUCAAGUAGGAAAUACAUUAGGGCAACAAACACUAACAGGGCAAACCCAUUCUGCAGCUUUAAACCUACCUGGCCAUCCUCAAAAUCUUCACACACAGCAAAACAUGAAUGCCAAGGAUGCAAACUUGAGUGAGGGCUCACUAAUUCAUGAAAGCACAGAAACUCAAGGACAGCAACUAGGUGCCCAGCAGGCAAACAGCAGCCCAGGAACCCAAGAUUCUACUGACCAGCAGUCUCGGGAACAGAUGAGUCGUAAUUCUCUGGGUCCACUUAACCAGGGAACAGAUUUGCAACCUCCAUUAAUGGCAGAGGACGCCCAAAAGUUAAAUCAGUCCUCUGAUCAAGAACACACUCUCUAUGAAUCAAGUAGUCCAUUGCAGUCAACUGUAAGACAGCACCAUGGAAUUCUAUCUCCACAACAGCAAAGUCUUGGGACACAGCUGAGGCCAGAUAAAGUGCAAAACACUACUCAGAAUCCUCUCAGUCAAGAUAACCCACACAUUUCUGCUGCAGCAACACAGCAACCAAAUCUGAUCCAGGUAAACAGAAUAGUAGGCCAAAGUCCAGCUCAGGCGCAGGGAAAUGAACAGGCCAAAGAUAAUUUGGGGCAGCACCUACCCAAUACAUUAGGGCAACAAAGACCAACACUAAGUGGGCAGCAAACACCAUAUGGGUCUAAUCUGAUGGCAUUACAAAACACCCAGCUUAUGGCUCACAUAAGAGCUCAGCUUCAGGGAAUUAUUGCAAAGAAUCCUCAAUUGCGUCAUUUAACACCACAACAACAGCAGCAGUUGCAGGCAAUUCUGAUUCAGAGACACCAACAAGCUCAAAGCCAAGCUCUUAGACAGACUGCAGGUCAAGAUCCAUUGCAAUCUGCACAUUCAAACUCUGCAGUUCCAAAUGGUACUUCUGGAAGUCAGACACCAUUAGGUGUCUUCCAGGUUCGGCAGGUAGCAACUGAACAAGUGCAGCCAAAUUUUGCUGAAGAAAAUCCUGUAACUACUCAGAAAAUUACACCAGAAACCACAGUAGAAACGCCACAAGCUUCUGAACUCGAUCAGAACUCCUUGUUAAAAUCCCCAGUGGCAAGGUAUAAUACAAGUCAGCAUCAGGAGACGUCUUCAAGCCAGCAGUCUCAGACUACUUCAGGACUAAGACUUAUGACCCAGCAACCUCCACCUCAGUAUAGAUUGCCUCAGCAGGUAUCAUCAACUCACCAACAGGCACCACAGUAUCAAAUGCAGCAGCAAGCACAACAUCAUCAGCUGCAGCAACCUCAACAAAAUCCGCAACUGCAGCAAACACAACAGGGUCAGACUGUUCAAUUGCAACAAGCUCAGCAGGUGCAGCCACAACAGAUACAAGUACAACAAAUUCAACAUUCAUUACAACAGCCACUCCAAAGCCAACAACAGCUACAGCAAAUGCAACAGUCUAAACAGCAAGUACAUCAGCUGUCACAGUCUCAACUUGUACAGCAUCAAAUACAACAGGUGCCACAGCAGCUUCAGCAAGCGAGGCAACAACUGCAUGCGGCUCAGCAACAAUUACAUCCGAACCAAAUGACGCAAGUACAGCAACAUCAGUUACAAGCACAGCCAUUGCAACAAGCAUCUAUGCAGCAGCAGGUCCAGGCUAUACAACAAACACCACAACAACAGUUGAACUUGGCUCAACAGCAACAAUUGACUCAGCAGCUACAGCACAUGCAGCAACAGUUUCAGCAGUUACAGCAGACUCGGCAGCAGCUUCAACAAUUACAGCAGUCUCCUCAGCAGCUUCAGCAGUUGCAGCAAGUACAACAGCAACUUCAGCAAACACAGCAGCAACUGCAACAAUUUCAGCAACAGCUACAGCAAACACAACAGCAACUGCAGCCUGUCCAACAGUUGCAGCAAAUUCAACAGCAAAUACAAGUGCCGCAAACACAGCAGCAACAAAUCAAUCAGUUGGCACAGCAACAGCUCCAGCAAUUGCAACAAGCUCAACAGAAACAGCAGCUCCAACAGUUACAGCAGUCUCAGCAUCAACUCCAGCAGUUGCAGCAGCAACAGACUCAGCAACAGCAGUUGCAGCAGCAACAGACUCAGCAACAGCAGUUGCAGCAGACUCAGCAGCAGCAGUUACAACAGACACAACAGCAGAAUCCGCAGCAGCUGCAGCAGACUUCUCAGCAGUUGCACCAAACUCAACAGCUUCACCAGUUACAGCAGACUCAGCAGCAGCUCCAACAGUUGCCCCAGACUCCACAGCCGCUUCAGCAGUUGCAACAGUCACAACAGACUCCGCUGCAGCAAACGCAACAGCAGCAGCUUCAGCAGUUGACGCCAACUCAGCAACAGCAGAAGCUUCAGCAGUUGCAGCAAACACAGCAGCUUCAGCAGUUGCAGCAAACUCAGCAACAGCUCCAACAAUUGCAGCAGACUCAACAACAGCAGCAACAGCUCCAACAAUUGCAGCAGACUCAACAACAGCAGCAACAGCUCCAACAAUUGCAGCAGACUCAACAACAGCAGCAACAGCUCCAGCAAUUGCAGCAGACUCAACAGCAGCAACAGCUCCAACAAUUGCAGCAGACUCAACAGCAGCAGCAACAGCUCCAACAAUUGCAGCAGACUCAACAGCAGCAGCAACAGCUCCAACAAUUGCAGCAGACUCAACAACAGCAGCAACAGCUCCAACAAUUGCAGCAGACUCAACAACAGCAGCAACAGCUUCAACAAUUGCAACAAACUCAACAACAUCUCCAACAGUUAGUACAGACUCAACAACAGCAGCAACAGUUAGUACAGACUCAACAACAGCAGCAACAGUUAGUACAGACUCAACAACAGCAGCAACAGUUAGUACAGACUCAACAACAGCAGCAACAGUUAGUACAGACUCAACAACAGCAGCAACAGUUAGUACAGACUCAACAACAGCAGCAACAGUUAGUACAGACUCAACAACAGCAGCAACAGUUAGUACAGACUCAACAACAGCAGCAACAGUUAGUACAGACUCAACAACAGCUGCAACAGACUCAACAGCUCCAACAGAUGCAGCAGACUCAACAGCAGCAGCAACAGAUGCAGCAGACUCAGCAGCAGCAACAGCUCCAACAGUUGCAGCAGACUCAGCAGCAGCAACAGAUGCAGCCGAAUCCUCAGCAGUUGCAGCCAAAUCCUCAGCAGUUGCAGCCGAGUCCUCAGCAGUUGCAGCCGAAUCCUCAGCAGUUGCAGCUGAAUCUUCAGCAGCAGCAGCAGUUGUCACAGCUGCAGCAGGCUCAGCAACAGCAGAUGCAACAGAGUAAGCCACAAACACAACUUCAGCAGUUGCAGAAUCCCCAGCAGCAGCAAGCGCAACUCCAACAGCAUGUUCAUCAGCUACCACAAACACAACAGCUACAACUUUUACAGCAGGCACAGCAACAGCUACAACUGUUACAAGCACAGCAACAACAGCUGCAGCAGCAUUUGCAGCAAAAACAGCAGCAACUGCAGACUGUUCAGCAAACACAGUCACCACUAGAAAUCCAGAAAAUACAGCAACAGUUACAGCAAAUACAACAGCAGCUGCAGCAAACACAGCAGCAGCAACAGUUGUUACAGACACAACAUCAGAUUUUACAGCAAACUCAAUUAACACAACAGCAGGUAAAACAAUCACAUGGUCCCCAAAUGCAGCAGACUGUGUCUCAAGUGCAGACACAUUUACAGAUUGGUCAAGGAAGAACCCAACAAUCGCCACAAGUCGAACAUAUAAAUCAACAAAAUGAAAUACACCAGAGCGAGUCCCCAUCACUUGUUCAUCCUCAAAAAACAGAACAGGAGAAGCCAGAGUCUCCACAUCCUGAAAACUCAGAGACAAAUCUACUCAUUGACCAGGCGCAAGAUUCAAAGGAGACUGAACUAGCAAUCCAACAAAAAGAACAUGGUCUGAUGCAACACCAAAAGCAAGCCGAACAGCAACAGAGUAAGCAAGUACAGCUACAACCGGGACUGCAAUCAUUAUCCUCUUUACAAGCAAUGCCACAGCAGAGUCCUCAGCAACAUUUGCAGCAAGUGCAACAAUCACUCCAGGAGACACAACAGGCAUCUCAUUUGCAGCAGAGUUCACUGUCUCAAUCCGCGCAGAAAGGUCUUCAGCCACAAAACCUGCCAAACCAAACUACUCAAGUGCAACCAACAAAUGUGCAACAAAUGCAGCCUCCAAACAAAAGUAAAGCACAGAUGCAACUUCAACAGCUGCAAAAUGUGCAGGUAGCUCAUCAAAUCCUAAACCAACAAAUGCCCACACAAAACUCUCAACUGAUUCAGCAGGUGGCACAUCAGCAUAAUCAAAUACAGCAGAUAAAAUUAAAACAAAUGCAUCAGAAACAAGCUGCACAUAUGCAGCUUCAACAGACACCACUGCAGACUGCCACACAGCAAUACUUUGACGCAAAAACUCAGCUGCAGCAACAUCUAGUUCAGAUGCCGCAAGGGCAACAGAAAAUGCAGCAGCAGUCGCCUCAGGUGCAGCCACAGCAUAUGCAGCAAAUAAAACAGCUGCAGCAUCACAAACAGCUUCAGCCUCACCAGCUCCAGCAAGUGCAGCACAUUCUUCAGCUGAAACAACAAAUGCUCAACCAGCCACCCCAGAAACAACUGCAAUUACAACAACAGCUGCAGAUGCAUAUACAGCAGUUACGCCAACAACAACAAGCACAGCUACAACGAGAAUCUUUACAAGAACCAAAGAAAGAGCCCUCUGAAACCUUGCCUGCAUGUUCUGGAGCUGCACCAAAAACAGAAAGUCAAAACGGGUCCCCAAGUGAGCAAGGCAAUGCUACAGAGUCUGGUGUGGACUCAGUGAUGCCGCAGUCUGCCCAACACAACGAAAAAUUAACUGAAAGUGCCGACUUGUCAACUACUAGCGCAGUUGAAGUUACCCAGGAUGAGAACACAGCUGAAGUUAACAAUUCCUCUGAUGUUCCAUCUGGAGAGCCACCAAACCCAUUAAAUAAGUCAAAAGAGACAGACUCUCUAGUUGAGGUUGAUAAGAAGUCUUGCCCCAAUGACGCUGAAGAAGCUUUCUCCCAGGUGGAGAGCAUGGAAGUAGAUCAGACUGUGCAAGAAAACAAAAGUCCUGCUGACCACCUUGAGAAUGGGGAAGGGGUUCCAAAAACCAGGCUUCCUGAAGGGUCUCUGGAGGACAGUGUUUCUGCCGGAGAUGACAUAAAACAUGAGGCAAGCAGUGAGACACCAAAUGUUGCAGCCAAAGGAGAGGCUGGACAUCUCCUCCUGCAGAAGCUACUGCGUGCAAAAACUGUACAACUUGCAUCCCAGCGCUCUUCGGAUGGCAUUCAUGCAGACAUAAACGGACAUAUUGACAAUAAGCUGACUGUUCUGGAGCAGAAACUGCAAACCGCACCUUGUAUUAAAGAGGAUGUUGGUGCAAAGAAGACUGUUCCCAAACCAAAAAGAACACAAAAGACCAAUGAGAAGGUACCAAACUCCCGCAAAAAGAUUCGUAGGGAGGACAGCCUGAAAUCCCCAGAAGCAAUUGUGAAACAACUGAAGCAGGAGCUUUCUCUGUUGCCCUUGAUGGAGCCUUCAAUUACAGCCAACUUCAGCCUGUUCGCUCCCUUUGGCAGCAGUACGCCAGUAAAUGGGAAAAGCCCGCUUAAAGGAUCAUUUGGCAGCGGUGCCCUGGAGAGUAUCCCAGACUACUACACUCAGCUACUCAGCAAGAACAAUCUCAGCAAUCCCCCAACGCCACCUUCAUCCUUGCCUCCAACUCCACCUCCAUCUGUGCAGCAAAAAAUGGUGAACGGUGUCACAGCAAAUGAAGAUCUAAAUGAAACCAAAAAAGAAUCUGAGAGCAGUGCGGAGGCAGAAGUUAAAAAAGGUACAGAUGAACGGAGCUUGGACCUCUUGGCUGCUCUUCCUACUCCUCCACACAACCAAAGCGAGGAUGUCAGAAUGGAGAGUGAUGAGGAAAGUGAUUCUCCUGAUAGCAUUGUUCCAGCUUCUUCUCCAGAAAGUAUUAUUGGAGAGGAUACACAGCGCUUUCCUUCACUGUGUGAUGUGAAAGAGGAGGAAGAAGAGCGAGCCCUGUCUCCAGUCAUACCCCUCAUCCCUCGUUGUCCCAUACCAGUAUUCCCAGAUGUGAAACCCACUGAGUCCCCUGAGUCUGCUGAUAAAACCGUUUUAAAUGUUCCCGGAGGAACUGUAUCGUGGGAAAAAACUAAGAGCAGUGAAGUGUCUGUCAUGUUAACAGUAUCUGCCGCAGCAGCAAAGAAUCUGAAUGGAGUAGUUGCCGCAGUAGCUGGUUUACUGAGUAUCAAGUUACCAAAUUCAUAUGAAGUGCUUUUCCCAGAAAGUGGUCUAAAAAAUAGUGUGGACAUAAAGAAACCAUUGGACCCCUCCACAGAAGGUGAAGUCAGUGACAAGGACAAAUCCCAACCAGGAAAACUGGAGAAUAGCACUGACUGGCUCAAGCAGCUUGAUGCAGUACUUCCUGGAUACACACUAAAGAAUGAGCUAGAUAUUAUUACUCUUCUAACACAGGAAGAGGCUGAUGCAGAGAAGACUGUAAAUCAUUGUUAUGUUAAUAAUGUGUCCAAUCUGGAUGUUCGCCAGCUUCCUGUGUUACCUGAGGAAACUUCACCACCUCCGUCUCCAUUUUCACCUUUGCCUGCUAGUCCAGUUGAACCUCCCGCUCCAGAACCAGUUCCCACUCCUGUAACCUGUCCUUUGCCUCCACCACCUCAGUCACCUAGUAAUGACGAAUCUAUGGAUGCAGCCAAAAUUAAACAAAGGGCGCGUCCAUCUGAAGAAAUUGUGAUAGAAUCCCCGCCAAAAAUGAAAAAGUGGAAAGGUGUUCGUUGGAAGAGGUUGCAUAUCCUGAUCACCUUCCAAAAGAUCAGUUCACGUCAUUGUGAGAAGGAAGUGUGUGAGGUAAUAGAAAGACUUGGCACUACUUUAAAGCCUGACACCUUGCCUCCUGAUCUCCGAAAGUGUUGUUUUUGCCACGAAGAAGGUGAUGGGCCUACUGAUGGAUCUGCACGGCUUCUCAACCUGGAUCUUGAUCUUUGGGUUCACCUUAACUGUGCUUUGUGGUCUACAGAGGUAUACGAGACCCAAGGGGGUGCACUGAUUAAUGUGGAAGUGGCACUGCAUCGUGGGUUGCUUACAAAAUGCACCCUGUGCCAGAAAACAGGUGCCACGAAUAGCUGCAACCGCAUACGCUGCCCAAAUGUUUAUCACUUUGCCUGUGCCAUCCGUGCCAAGUGCAUGUUCUUUAAGGACAAGACUAUGCUUUGUCCAAUGCACAAAUUAAAGGGGCCUUGUGAGCAAGAACUGAGCUGCUUUACAGUCUUCCGGCGAGUUUACAUCGAACGUGAUGAAGUCAGUCAGAUCGCCAGUAUCAUUCAGCGUGGCGACCGCAUACACAUGUUCAGAGUUGGGGGACUUGUCUUUCAUGCCAUUGGACAGCUUCUGCCUCAUCAAAUGCAAGACUUUCACAGUGUCACUGCCUUAUAUCCUGUCGGAUUUGAGGCCACACGUAUUUAUUGGAGCAUGAGACACAGUCACCGUCGGUGUUCUUAUCGCUGUAGAGUGUGUGACAACAAUGGGCGGCCAGAAUUCACUGUACAAGUUAUUGAAUAUGGCUAUGAGGAUGUGGUGCUGAAAGAUUCCUCUCCCCAAGCUCUUUGGAAUCGCAUUGCGGAACCUGUUGCGCGCAUGAGGAGGGAAACCGGAAUGCUUCGCCUUUUCCCAGAAUAUCUGAAGGGGGAAGAGAUGUUUGGACUAACACUGCAUGCGGUGCUGCGCAUCGCUGAGUCUUUACCUGGAGUAGAGAAUUGUCAGAAUUAUCUCUUCCGGUAUGGUCGACAUCCUUUAAUGGAGCUGCCGCUCAUGAUCAACCCAACUGGCUGUGCCAGGUCUGAGCCCAAGAUCAUGACCCACUAUAAACGGCCUCACACUCUUAAUAGCACUAGUAUGUCCAAAGCCUAUCAGAGCACCUUCACAGGGGAGACAAACACACCAUACAGUAAGCAGUUUGUGCACUCAAAGUCAUCCCAGUACCGCAGGCUGAAGACAGAAUGGAAGAAUAAUGUAUAUCUGGCUCGUUCUCGAAUACAAGGACUAGGGCUAUAUGCUGCCAAAGAUCUGGAGAAGCACACCAUGGUGAUAGAAUACAUUGGCACUAUCAUAAGAAAUGAAGUUGCAAACCGUCGAGAGAAGAUCUAUGAAGAGCAGAAUCGGGGAAUCUACAUGUUCCGGAUAAAUAAUGAACAUGUGAUCGAUGCUACAUUGACUGGUGGCCCUGCUAGGUACAUCAACCAUUCCUGUGCCCCUAACUGUGUUGCUGAGGUAGUCACGUUUGAUAAAGAAGACAAAAUCAUAAUCAUCUCUAGUCGAAGGAUACCAAAAGGAGAAGAGCUCACCUAUGACUACCAGUUUGACUUUGAAGAUGAUCAGCACAAGAUUCCAUGUCACUGUGGGGCAUGGAACUGCCGCAAAUGGAUGAAUUGAACAUGGUGAACUACUGCCUCCAGUCAUCCUCCACAAUGUGCCCUUUCUACAGAAAGCCUAGGAGCAGAGCAUGGAAUAUCAUGUGUCUACCAUCAGGACACCAUGUAAUCUUCUGAAGCCUUCCUGGCAACAGUCACCCAAGCUUACUGCGUCAUGGUCAUGAAGGUGUGGUGAUGUCACUGUGUCCGAAGGCUUCUACUGAAGUGGAUGGAAGAAACUGCAAGAGAAACGCUCUUCUGCAGAGAACAUUCCCUAAACACUUGAGCCGGGCAUAUGUUUCGUGUAGCACCGCUUUCUUCCUCCAAGUAAACAAAUGCUCUAACUAGGAAGGAAGUUUUAUUUUGAUUUUAUUUUUUUUUUUCCUCUUUGUUUUUACCUAAAUAAAGAAAUAUUUUAUGCUAUCUUCUCAAACUAAGCGAGAAUGCAUAAAAAGAAAAAAAAAAAAAUAGUCCUUAGUUAACAAAGCAGUUUGACAAUCCUAAAUCUACAGGACCCUCCGAGCGCGAAAGAGAGCACAUAGGACUGCAGAAUAAAAGAGCACAGGAGAUGCUUUCGGUGAGCGCGAGAGACAGUCCCUCGACUGAUACCUGUCAUAGCUACCCAAUCCCAGAGGCACCUGGCCAGCACCUACCUCAUCUGCCUGUUGGAUACUAAUGUGUAUAUGUGACACUCCCACGGCAAUCUAAAAUAGAUAGCACCUCAUAAACAUGGACACAGCUCUUCUGAUGGGACUGUAAUGGAAACAUAAAUCACCCAUCCCAGAUGGUCACGAUUUGAGUUUUACAUUUUUUAUUUUAUUUUUUGGUUUUUACACCACCCCAACUGAAGCUUUGUGACCUGCUUCUCGGCCAUGAAAUUUUGGCUCUGAGCGGGUAGGAGUGCACUAAGGAUCGUGUUUUCUGCUAACUGCCUGCUUGUGGUCUGUCCUUAAGCAAUCCCUUAUUUCUCCCCUAUUCUGUGCCUGAAAAUCCUCACCCUUUUUCCAUCCAGUACCUGGAAUAUGAAGUGUAGUAGAAACACCUGAUUUGUGACUGGGUAGAGUAUACUGCUUUUUAUGGCAGAUGACAUCUGUAUGCGUGUGACUGUACGUUUUACCUUGGUUUGUAUUCUUUCCAAAAUCUGUGCACUUCACGAUAACUCAGUAAACACAGUAUUUCUGUAAAGACCUUCCGAAUAUAGAAAAAAAGUAGGAUGUUAGUAACUUUUCAUGCAAUGGGCUCUCUGACGUUUAGAAACGCACUGCUGUGUCUUUCCCAAAUGUUUUUUUUCCUUUUACAUUUUCCUCACCUGCGUUAUUCUGAAGCUGCUGUUCUUCUCCAAUAUGUAAUUCAUUAUUAUUUUUUAGCACAGUACAUGGGGUGGGUUUAGGUGAAAGGGGGGGGGGGUGUUAUUUAUUUGUACAUGUAAUUAUAUUUAUGUAUUACAGCCUUGUGAGGGAAGUACAGGGUCAUUUUCUAUGACUGGCAUGGUGUCCUAGAUCUCGGCAUAUAUGCUACAUUGCUUUUUGUGAUCAAUAAUCAUAUUGUAGAGAAAAAUUUCCGAGCUCCGCAGUAAGGUCACAAUCCUCUGGCUUCCAUACUAUGGAUUUGUUUGGAAAUCUACAUUUAUGGCUUCCUGCACCUGAGCAGAGAGUCAAUCUUUUUUUUUACCCCACCAACCUACAGUGGCUGUACCCCCUGGUCCACCCGCCCCUCUGCCAACAGUUACGGUCAUUUAUGUUCAGAGCGCACAGAAUUAAAGUAAAAAAAAUAAAAACACCAAAAAAGACAAAAAAAAGGACUCAAUGGCGAUCAGCAUCCAAGGGCAUUUAAAAUCAAAGCUAGUGUGAAUAUGAUAGAAAAAUAAGUGCUGUUGCUUUUUAACACAAAGCUGCUUCCACAACUGUUUAAAAGCUGCAAAAUUGUACAAAAUAAGUGUAAAUAAAACAAUAGAAGAAAAAUACCUAAAAAAAAUUUAAUAAAAUAAAUGUUGUGCAUAGUCGGACACCGUAUUAUUGAGAAACCACUGGACACUAUGAAAAGCCUGAAAUUAAAUGUACCCGUUCUUUUAAAAAAAAAAAUUUUUUAUUUUUUUUU